AAUACUAAUAGUAAGAGAGAGAGAGAGAGAAAUUACUUUAUCCGUAACGCAGACAACAGAUGGCGUUUAUUCUUGUUUAUAUCGAUACUUUAACUCUCAGAUGAACUGUCAUCUUUGCGUAGCUAUAACCAAGAAAUAAAGUUACAAAUUAAGCUAUGGAGAAAUUAUCAAAACCACAAAUAAUUUGUCAUAUUGAAAAAUCCGUCGAUUAUUCCUUAUUUGACACAAAAUGGAUUCCGUGUAGUGCGAAGUUUGUGGUUAUGGGCUCUCGACCUCGUGGUACUGGAAUUAUACAAAUUUAUGAAGUAUCAAGCGGAGAAUUAAAACAUAUUAAGGAUAUCGAACGAUCAAAUCCAGUUAAAUGUGGAACAUUUAACGCUUCGAGUUUACGAGACAGGCACUUAGCAGUUGGUGAUUUCAAGGGAAAACUUAAUAUAUACAAUCUCGAAGAUCCUUCAAUACCACUUUAUACAGCUAAUGCUCACGAUGAUAUUAUAAAUGCUAUUUCUGGUGUAGCUGGUCAUAGCAUUGGUUGUGGUGCACCAGAGUUAGUAACAGGAUCACGCGAUGGUAGCGUUAAAGUAUGGGAUCCAAGACAAAAAAGUCGACCGGUAGCUGUAAUGGAACCUAAAGAAGGAGAGAGUCGUAGAGAUUGUUGGACAGUUUCCUUUGGUAAUUCUUACAACUCUGAAGAAAGAACUGUUGCAGCUGGCUAUGACAACGGGGAUAUCAAAAUGUUUGAUUUAAAAGCCAUGUCUCUUAGAUGGGAGAGUAACGUCAAGAAUGGUGUUUGUGGUAUCGAAUAUGAUAGGAAGGAUAUUCCUAUGAAUAAAUUAGUCGCAACUACUCUUGAGGCUAAAUUUUAUUUAUUUGAUUUGAAAACGCACCAUCCAAAGAAAGGUUAUGCUUAUUUAAUAGAAAAGGCACAUAAAUCAACAAUAUGGAUGGUCAAGCAUUUACCACAAAAUAGAGAAAUAUUUGCAACUGGAGGUGGAGAUGGUUCUCUUUGUCUUUGGAAAUAUAAUUAUCCAGAGAAACGAAAGCAGACUGACGCGGAUGGUAUAGAACAAGGUGUUAUUGGAAGUGUAAGUCUACUUCAAAACAAUUCUCUUUCAACUCAACCAAUUAGUGCCUUGGAUUGGAGUCCAGAUAAACAAGGGUUAGCUGUUUGUACAUCGUUUGAUCAAUGUUUACGAGUUAUUAUAACAACUAAGCUUAACCUCGUAUGAAAGAAAUAUAAAAAUUCAACAUAAAUGUUUACAAGUAAUAAUCAUUAAUAAUUACCAUUAAUGAAAUAUAUUUUAUUAUAAAUUUUCACAUUACGAUUAACGAAAUUUAAAUUUACUCCUAAAACUAUUGGACGAGUAAAUGGAGACGAUAUAUAGAUUGGCAAUGUUAUCGAGUGACAAUAUUAGCUGGCGCUAAUAUCGGUCUAUAAUAACGAUAUCGAUUAUUUUAUCCUUGUUCAAUUUGUUCUUGUAGUAGAGAGUCCACCGAUAUUACGCAACGCAAUGCCGCGAGUAGAUAAAGCGAAUUAUGUGUCAUUGGGCCAAUCUAUUUAGGAUCGGACCCUUAUUAAGUGACGGCCAUCUUGGCGCAUUGCGUUACAUAAUGAUUAAUUUGUCGGCCAUCUUAGGUUUACGACUCGUUCUUGUAUACACAUCGUAAUACUGUAGCGCAACAUCAGCUCAAUUAUCGUCGAGUUACAAGGUCACGAAUAGUACGAGUUUAAUUACAUAAAUUAGUUCUCAUUUCCUUUUCAUCUACAAUUUGUCUCAUUACGAUUAAUUUAGUAGAUAAACAACUGCUGCCAUUUCAUUUGUUCUCCAAAAUAGUGAUUGAUUCGAUUUCAAAAGAGAUUGUUUUUCUAUUAAGUUAUUAAUAAAAAUACUGACUCACAUCU